AUGGAGCGGAGCGGGAUAGGGAUGUUGGAAGAGGAGGAUGAGGAGGAGGAGGAGGAGGAGGUGGAGGAGGAGGAGGAGGAGGAGGAGGAGGAGGAGGAGGAGGAGGAGGAGGAGGAGGAGGAGGAGGAGGAGGAGGAGGAGGAGGAGGAGGAGGAGGAGGAGGAGGAGGAUGAGGAUGAGGAGGAGGAGGAGGAGGAGGAGGAGGAGGAGGAGGAGGAGGAGGAGGAGGAGGAGGAGGAGGAGGAGGAGGAGGAGGAGGAAGAGGAGGAGGAGGAGGAGGAGUCAUGCCAAGCUCCGCAUCAAAAGUUAACCCUUGCCCCCGUCUUUCCCCCCUUCCCUCAGCAGCUCUAG